UCAGUCUCUUAAUGACCACAGUUUAAAAGUUGACUCUGAGUCUCAGAAAGCCUAUGGCCUGUGGGAAAUCCUUGCUCUCUGUUUCUGUUUCCAUCUAUAAAGUGGAAGGGAUUGGACUCUACUUCUAGAGGGUCUUUCAGCUCCAUGUCUUCUGACUUUUGAUGCUUCAGGAGGUUGUGACAUUCAAGGACGUGGCUGUGGACUUCACCCAGGAGGAGUGGGGGCUCUUGGACCCCUCUCAGAAGGAGCUGUACAAGGAGGUCAUGGUGGAGAAUGCCUGGAACCUGCUCUCCCUGGGACUUCCAGUUCCCAGAGAAGAGGUGACCUCUUAUUUUGAGCAAAGCGAAGCACUGUGGAUGCUGGACCAAGAAGGCCUGAGGUGCUGCUCUGCAGAGAUCAGACUGGAAAUGAAGGAAACUAUGAGAGAUAUUCUGUUAGAAAUUCCAAGCUUAACAAUUCAUGGGUGGAAGUAA